AUGUCAUCAAAAACCCUUGAAGAUAAAUUAUCCGGUAAAUUAAUUAUAAAAGCUCAACUAGGUGAUGAUAUUCGAAAAAUAAUGAUACAUAACGAAGAAUUAACACUUGAUGAAUUAUCUCUAAUGAUGGAGCGUGUUUUUGAGAGAAAAAUUAAUUCAACAGACGAGUUAAUAAUUAAAUAUUUGGACGAUGAUGGCGAUAAAAUAACAUUGUCAAAUGACAGUGAUCUGACAGUGGCACUACAUUUUCAUCAAAUAUUGAGAUUAUAUUUGUAUAUUGAUGGUUAUGAGACAUCAGCAAAGGAGACAUCGAUCGAUAUAAAAACAUUUCGUCAUGAAUUGCAGCAAAUAAGAAAUUCUGUACAAACAAUCCUGGAUCGUUUACAAGUACCAGCAGCAUCAUUAGCAACAACAACAGCAGCAAACGAAAAACCAGUUGAUGUAUCAACAGCUGAAAUUCACGAGAAGCCCUUACAACAAACUACACAAGUUCAAAAAGAAUUUGAUCCAUACAAACAACAACAAAGAUCAGCAACACCUGAUAGUAUCAGAUCAAAAUCAUCAUUAUCAACUAGAAUGGCAAAUAACGAAGUACAAAAAGUAUUUCAGAUGGAUGGUCAACAAACUGAAAAUGCUGGUGAAUUGAAUAAACAGUUUGUUCAACCACCACUGUCACAAAACGCAUAUGAUCAAACGAAACCGCCAUCGACACAAAUGCCCUCAUUACCACCAACGGCUAAACUUAAUGCACCUACGGCCCAAUAUCCUCCAAAUCAGUUUUCACCAUCAAAUGUUCCACCAAUGCAUGGUGUACCUCAACCAUUUUUGGGACAGUCGCAAAUACCUCAGCAGCAAAAUCCACAAGUAUCAUCAACAGUGCCACCUCCUCCCGUUCAUUCGUACUACCAUCAGCAACAGCAGCAACAACAACAACAACAACAACAACAGCGACUCCCACCUAAUUACAUUCCACAGCACCCGACGCAGUCAAAUGAUCCCGCAUUUCGCACAACACCGCCAACACAACAAACGUCUUCCGCGUCACCUAAUUAUCAGCCCAAUUAUCAGCAAACUGCAUCAUCAACAC